AUGCGAUGGAACGACGGCCCUGGUAGUCUCAUGAUGGGGAUGGCCCAGCUUGCUCGGUCUACCGCACCAUUAGCCCAAACAAUGGAGGGAGUGCCUUGGUCCGGGGUGUUAUUUAAUUUGCAGUGCCUCUCUAUCGCAGUCGCAGUUCUGAAUUUAAGAAGGGUUCUAAAUGGGGAACACAAGGACUUCCCAUUCGAGUACAAUCCUGCUCACCACUUCCAGCAAAGCAAGGUCAACAGCAUGGCCAGUCAUGACGUCGUAACCCGUACCCAGGCCCUCACCCUGCGAGUUGCUGGAACUUCAUAUGAAGAAAUUCUUCGACAAACAGGAAACAAAGCCAAAAUUGUCGGUCGCCUUUUACCCGGACCAAUGCAGCAAAGAUUUGAUCCUCAAUCUCGGCAUCCAUUUAUCCGCGAUCAUUUUGUAAAAGAGCGAUUUGGAGACGUUCCCACUCUGGGGUUAACAGGCACGUCCUUUGCAACCCUCUAA